AUGUCGUUCGGCGGCGUGCCCCCUUGGGCAAAGGUCACCGGCAAGGACCCGCGGCUCGAGCGCAGGCGCAACCUCAUCGUCGUCAGCGAGGAGCGCAAGGUCAGGCUUGGAAACGCCGAGGAGCGCCAGCGCGAGCGCUCCGCGAAAGCCUACGAGAAGGCCGCAAAAGACAAGAUUGAGGCCGCGCACAUGCCGUUCACGACCGCACCCGCCGUCGAGGACGUCACGCCCGUCAGGCUGGACCGAUACGGCAACUUCAAGCGCCCCGAGGGCGCGCCCAUCCUGAAAGGUUCGCCCCCGAGCGGCGUUCCCCCGAGGGUUCGUCCGCCCCAUCCCGACCAGCCGUGGUCCAAGGACGCCGCGCGAGAGAAGAUCCGCGAGGAACGAAGGCGCGUCGCCGAGGCCAAGGCGGAGCAGGAACGCAUCGCGCGCGCCGUGGAGGCUGCCGCCAAGCGCGAAGCGUCGCGAACCAAGCGGCGGCGCGGGGGGAAGAAGGAGAGGCACGCGCACUUUGUCGACGGCGAUGAGAACGCAAUCGUCGGCGAUGAGAAUCAUCUGGAGAGGCCCGGCACCCCGCCGCUCUUGGAGCCGCCCGUGCCGAGCCCGCGGAAGACCCCGACGCGCAAGGCGCACGUGCCCGUGUACUCCGUCGCGGGGCGCAAGGUGUCGCUCUUCGACCUUCUCCGCGAGAAGAUUUUGGCGUCGGGCGAGGGUGACGCUCGAGCCGCCGCUCGAGCGUUUAAACUCGCGGCGGAUAAGUCCGGAAAGAUCGACUCGGUGGCGAUCGCCGCGGUGAUGCGCAGGUUCAACGUGAGCGCCACGGACGACGCCGUGGCGGCGGUGAUGACCAGGCUGGAUCCCGGCGGCAGGGGACUCGUGGACUACCGAACCUUUCUCGACGCCGUCAUGGAGGAGUCUUCCUCGACGCACGACGAAGGGGACGUUCGAUUGCGUUCAAUCCCGGGGAGCCUCCACGGAAAGCCCAAGCCCGCGAGGGACGUCGCGACGUACGACGGGGACGUCGCCGCGAUGCGGGAGCUCAUCGUCGAUAAGAUUGCGCAGAAGUUUGAAGGGGGCUCGGCGGCGUUGAGGCGCGCGUUUAACUCCUUCGACGCCGACGGGGACGGCGCCGUCAACGAGUCGGAAUUUCGAGCCGUCCUCGCCAACUUUCUCAUCGUCCCACCCGCGGACGUCCUCUCCGCGCUCUUCGCGGCGAACGCGGACCCAGCCACGGGACGCAUGACCUUCGCCGGCUUCGUCGCCGGCUUUGUGCCCGAGGAUAUACGCGUCGGCAUCGACCCGGAUACUGAGGCUAAGAUCCGGGACGGGUUCUCGGCCAAGUUUUCGGGCCCCGGCGAGGCGCUCGCCGCCGCCGCCGCCUCCAAAGGCGGGACCCUCCUCUUCGCCGACGCCAGGGACGUGCUCGGCCCCGACGCGGACCCCGAGCUCGUGCGACGGAUCAGGGAACUGAGCGACGAAUGUCGCGAGGGUCUCAUCCCAGCCGAGUCGCUCCGGGACGCGGUGAUUGAACACCAGAAGUACCUCUCCGACGCCGCGGUGCAAAAGGCGAAGCGGGAUUUCAUCGAUGGGUUCGGCCGGGAGCUGAAGGAGCGAUAUACGAAGGGUAAGGCACCGCCCGUCGCGGCGCCCAAGACGGUGUCCGCGGAUGACGCGGAGGAGAUUCUGAGGGAGAAGCUCGCGGCGAAAUCGGCGGGGGGCGCGAAGGAACAGCGAAAGGCGUUCCAGAUCUUCGACAAGCAGAACAAGGGCUUCAUCGACCGCGACGCCAUGGUCGAGGCCCUGCACCACUUCCACCUGGUGCUCAGGCCGGAGGAUGUGGAUUCCCUCAUGGCCAAGUACGACUCCUCGGGCGGGGGUAAGAUUUCGUUUCAGGAUUUCAUCGCGAAGGUUCUCCCGGCGGAUUACCCCACCGCGUCCGCCAAGAAGGCCCGAGUGGUGGACGCGAAGAUCGCCGGGUUCACCAUGGAACUCACCGGGCUCUUAAACGAGGUUGAGGAGAUGGGUGGCACGCCCGGGUCCGUGGCGAGGUCCGAGGCGACUCGAGCCGCCGAGCAGGCGGCGAAGGAGGCGAGGGUCCGCCUGCCGCCGUCCGCCGCGCACCACGCCGCCGACGCCGCAUCCAUCGGCGACCACCUCUCAGAGCACCCCAGGGUCGAGCCCACAAAGUACAUCCAGUCCAUCGUGUCCAUCGUUCGCGCGGCUGAGGAGGGCGCGAUCGAAGCCGCCGCCGAGAAGGAGGGAGUCUCUGAAAAAUUCGGCGAUAACAGCUACGUCGCCCCGGCGGAGCUCGCAUCCGCCGGCUUUGCGAGACGGAUGUCCACCAACGAGCUCCUCGCGGUCGUCCACGAGAAGUUCAGCGCCAAAGUUCCGCACGGGAAGUCGGCGACCUGGUACUACAGCCGCCUGCUGGACGCCGGCAAAGACGGAUUGGUCGGAUUGGACGGAUUUCAAAACGCGCUCAAAUCCGUCGGCCUCGGCGCCGUCGACCCCGCCGAUGCCGAAGAACUCUUCGCCGAGAUGGCCGAAGGCGCGGAAACGGUGACCGUGGCGCAGUUUACCCGUAAGCUGACCCCGGGCCCCGCCAAAAGGCCCGACGCCGACGCGCUGCGUCGAUCGUUCGAGUCCCUCGACGCGUCUCAGGUUGGAGCGCUGUCGGAGGAGGACAUCCGGGGCGUGCUGACGGCGUGCGACGUGGAGGUGGAUCAGGCGGCCAUCUCGCGGGCGCUGAGCCUGUGCGUCGCCGACCCGGACCUGCGCGGGCCGGAUGCCAAGGGGAAGAUCGAUUACGAGCGCUUCGCCAGGGCGAUCGGCGAGGCGGACCUCGGCGGCGUUAACAAGACGGUGGCGCCGACGCUGGAGUCGUUUGGUAAGGAGGAGGUUGACGUGAACGUGGAGGAGGACGGGGACGGGGUUAAGGUUAGCGUCAGAGUGAAGACGGUGAUGUCGUACUCUCCGGACACGCUGAAGGCGAUGAACGUCGGGUGCGACUCGCCGCCGAGGAGUGUGGAGCUGGGUUCGGACAUCGAGGAGCCGGAGGAGCCCAGGUCGCCAGAUUCGUUGCCGGAGCCGUCGCCGGGGCACAUCGAGGUGAAGCAGUGGGACGGGCCGGUGGUCAAGCGCAUCAACCAGCUCUAGACGACGGAGGCGCGCGGGACUCUCUGUGUAAUAUAUGUCAGUCGGUCGUUGUU